CGCGCUCCUCGCCACUGCCACCGCCACCGCCACCACCGCGGCCGCUGCCAAUGAAACUCCUCCCGCUCCUCGUGGGUUUCUCCACUUUGUUGAAUUGUUUCUAUACUCAAAAUUGCACCAAGAAACCUUGUCUCCCAAAUGCAAAAUGUGAAAUACGUGACGGAGUUGAAGCCUGCUAUUGCAACAUGGGAUAUUCAGGAAAUGGUGUCACAAUUUGUAAAGAUGAUAAUGAGUGUGGAAAUUUAACUCAGUCCUGUGGUGAAAAUGCUAACUGCACAAAUACAGAGGGAAGUUAUUACUGUAUGUGUGCACCUGGUUUCAGAUCCAGCAGCAACCAAGACAAGUUUAUCACUAAUGAUGGAACCAUAUGCAUAGAUAUAGAUGAGUGCAGUGAAUCAGUUGUCUGUGGUGAUCAUGCAGUAUGUGAAAAUGUGAAUGGUGGGUAUAACUGCUCCUGCAAGGAAGGUUAUCAGACAUCCACAGGAAAAUCACACUUCACACCUAAUGAUGGCACUUACUGUCAAGAAAAUGUGAAUGCAAACUGCCAUUUAGAUAAUGCCUGCAUUGCUGCAAAUAUUAAUAAAACUUUAACAAAAAUUAGACCCAUAAAAGAACCUAUGGCUUUACUACAAGAAGUCUACAGAAAUACUCUGACAGAUCUUUCACCAGUGGAUAUAAUUACAUAUAUAGAAAUAUUAGCUGAAUCAUCCCCAUUACUAGCUUACAUGAAUAACACUAUCUCAGCUAAGGACAGCCUUUCUAAUUCAACUCUUACUGAAUUUGUAAAAACGUUGAAUAAUUUUGUUCAAAAGGAUACAUUUACAGUCUGGGACAAGUUAUCUGCAAAUCAUAGGAUAACUCAUCUUACAAAACUGAUGCACACUGCUGAACAAGCUACCUUAAGGAUAUCUCAGAACUUGCAAAAGACCACUCAGUUUGAUACUAAUUCAAGUGACAUAGCUCUCAAAGUUUUCUUUUUUGAUUCAUAUCACAUGAAACAUAUUCAUCCCCAUAUGACUAUGAAUGGAGAUUAUAUAAAGAUAUUUCCAAAGAGAAAAGCUGCAUAUGAUUCAGAUGGCAAUGUUGCGGUUGCAUUUUUAUACUAUAAGAGUAUUGGUCCCUUGAUUUCAUCAUCUGACAAUUUAUUAUUGGAACCUCAAGAUUAUGGUAACUCUGAAGAGGAGGAAAGAGUCAUCUCUUCAGUAAUUUCAGUCUCAAUUAAGUCAAGCCCACCAACAUUGUAUGAACUUGAAAAAGUAACAUUUACUUUAAGUCACAUAAAG